AUGACACAGGUACUUACCGGGUGCGUACACGGAUGCUUCGGUAAGUACCUGCACGGAAUAGCGCGGCGUGAGGUUUCACCCUCCUGCCACGAGUGUGGUGCACCAAUCGACACGGCGCACCACACCCUGAGUGAAUGUGCCGCGUGGGGGCCCCAGAGGCACUCCUUGGCGGCGACUAUGGGCGGAGACCUCUCGCUGUCGAGCAUCGUUAACGAAAUGUUCGGCAGUGAGACGUGCUGGUCGGAGAUGCGCUCCUUCUGCGAAAACGUGAUGUCGCAGAAGGAAACCGCGGAGCGGGAGCGGGAGGAGGAUGCCGCUGCAGACCCGCUCCGCCGAAGACGACCGAGGAGGAGGAAGAAGCGAUACGCGGACCUUCUCCCCCCGCCUCAAUAG